GAUCAAGUUUCGACAUUUAGAUCUUUUUAUUAUAGUGUGUGAAUGAAUCUCAAUAGUGUCUAUGAUGGUUAAAACCAAAACACGAAUCCAUAUCAUUACUUGCAACUCACCCAAUACUGCUCCAUGCUGUCUUGCAUCGAUUAGUCCGGUCUGCGCAUUGAAAGGACGCAUCUCGCAGGCGGAAGUUCGCACAGCAUCAUUAGUGGCAAGAUGGUGGCCACCAGGAGAGGAACGCGCGUGGGCUCCCCUGUGAAAAAUAGAAGCGAUGAAAACUCUGGAGCUACGCAGCCGCCUUCUUCGGCCAGAAGAACGCGGCGCAGAAUGCUAACGGAGGAAAACCAGUACCAAGCUGAACUUACUGGCGACUCCCAGCCGGAUGAGCCGAAGGACGACAGUACCGCCUCUUCCCUAGCAGCAAGUCCGCCCAAGCGAGACACAAGAAGAUCCAUGCGUGUCCUUGCUGACAAAAAGCAACCUGACUCUACCCAUGAAGCUGAUGUGUCUGAGUCAGAAUCUUGCUGCUCUGUAGUUUCUGAUGUACAAGCAACACCUAGAACCCGACGGAGAGCUGUGGUCAGGGAGAAGCGCACUGAACAGGAUGAGUUAUCCGAAGCCGAAUCCUGCUCGUCUACAGUGUCUGCGACCCAUUCUCGUAGAGCCCCUCGCAGCCUGAGGAAACGUGUUCUGACUUCAGCGGCCUCAAAGGAUGCCGAAAAGGUAGAUGAUGGCGAUGAUGAUCCCUCAGGGGCCGAGUCCUGUAGUUCUGCUGUAUCCGUCACAAAAGUUACGGACACUCAUCGGAUAACGAGGAGCCAUCGGAAGACUGCUGUUCCUACCACAGAAGCAGAUCCAAUUGAUCCAGAGUCAUGCUCCUCCAGUGUUUCUGGCCUUCGUGGCUCUGUGGUCCGCAGAUCUGCACGAAACCCGAGGGUAAAACCGAUGGAGCCAAUUCCUUUGAGCUUAGAGGAAACCACAGACACUCCUCCUUCUCCACUACCCAGGAAGCUGAGAGAUCGUAGGCACAAAACAGGUGUUGAAGAUGAUGAAUACGACUCUGAUGGGUGCAAGUCCGGUCCUAGCAUGAGUCCCUGGAGAUCCACAAGGCGUCAAGCCAAACUCAAAACUCUGGUUGGUGAAUCCGAUUCAGAAUCGGUAGCUACUGACAUCUGCACCUCUCAGGGGAGCCCAAGCCCUCAGAGAGGAAGAGGGACUCCUUGUAGUAGCCGAACCGGGUCUGCCAGUAGUGCCCGUGCGGUUCCUGUAACCAGGACAAGAAGUAAAGCAAGAUUGACUUCUGAUGUCGGUGACACAGCUGCAGCCAUGCCUGAGGAACAGAAAGAGGGUGAGGAGCAUGAAAUUAAUCAUGAAAGUAUUCCAGUACCUGAUGGAGAUAAGGCUGAAGACACAAUAGAUCAGCUGGACAGCACCAUGACCACGGACACCAGUGAAGCCCAAGAGUGCACCAUGAUUGAGGAGAAAGCUGAAGAUAUCACUGUAGUUCUUGAUCAGGAUGAGCCUAUCGAGAUGCUAGAACCUCAGAGCAGCAUGCAAGACAUCAAGCUGGUGGAGGACCGUGGAACCGAAACUCUGACGCCUCAGGAAGAACCAGUGGCUGAAACUUCUGCUACACUAACUGAAGAUAGAGAAGAACCUGGAGAUGUUUCCAUGGAAAAUAAUGAGCCAGAGUUUGUGGAAACAAGCCAUGUUGUUGUGGAUCAAACAUGUACUGAGCCUGUGAAGGAGGCUACAGUAGAAGCUGCCCCAAAAGAUCUUAUACCAGUUGUGGUUGAGGAGCAUGAGGAAAUGGCUGAGUGUGAGAAGAAAGGUGUAAUAGUUACUGAGGAAGCUAAUGACACUGUUAAGACAACUGAGGAUGACUCUGUAACAUUGAAGGACCUUGAAGGCCCUUCUACAAGCUCACAUACUCAAGCAAAUUUGACCACCACAGUGGAAACUUCAAAGAAACCUCCUCCCCAGAAAGAAAUGAUCAGUUUACUCGACAGCAGUGAGGAUGAAGACAGUGCUGAUGAAGGUCUGUCUUUAGAAGCUGAAGAUGUGGAGGAUGAAGGCCAUGUGAUGUGCCCUUACAGAAAUCGGACGUCAGAAGAAGCUGAGCCUCAUGGUAAUGGACUGUUUGUCAUAGACACUAGACCUGGACUACAGCCUAAAAAACAGUACUAUGUUGAUGCCAAGCAAACUGAGGAAGAGUAUGAGGAUGAUUUUGUUGAUGAAGAGGGAGAGGACGAUGAAGACGCCGAUUCAAAAGUGCUCUUCUCUACCAAAAAGCCUCUGAUGCAACUAUCUAGUUCCAUUGACCCAGGUCUGAAAAUGAAGGAACUUGGUGGUUUGUACAUCAGUUUUGAUGGCAAUAAGCCGAAGAAUCUUUCCAACAUUUCAAAAACCCAGAAGAACCCGAACAAUCAGGAUGAGUUGCUGAAGAAGAGUGUUAUCGUUCCGGAUUUUGAGAAGAAAGAUGCUGUGCCACCAUACAAGGAAUCAAAGAAUGCUGCUAAACUCAAGCGCAAGGUGGAAAGAGAAAAGACAUCUGGCGAUGGCUGGUUCAACAUGAAAGCUCCUGAAGUAACAGAAGAGCUCAAAAAUGACCUCAAGGCACUGCAGAUGCGCUCAGCCAUGGACCCAAAGCGCUUCUACAAGAAGAAUGACAGAGAAGGAUUUCCCAAAUACUUUCAGGUUGGUACAGUGGUUGACAGCCCGGUAGACUUUUAUAAUUCACGAAUCCCCAAGAAACAAAGGAAAAGGACCAUUGUGGAGGAGCUUCUUGCUGAUGCAGAGUUUAGAAGCUAUAACAAAAGGAAAUAUCAAGAGAUCAUGACAGAAAAAGCAGCACAGGCCGCUGGCAAGACGAACAAAAAGCACAAGUUCCAUAAAAAGAAAAUGAAUAAAUAAUUUCACAAGGCUAAUCAGAUUUUUUUUUUUUCUGUUUUUUUUUUUAAUAGGACUUGUUAAUCAUUUAUUGCAUUUAUAAAGGCUAACAUUAAUUUUCUUUUUAAUAAUCCACAGAAAUUAAAAAUAUUUACCUUGUAAGUUAAAAAAACAUGCAACUUGUACAGAAAACUUAUACUUUUUAAAGUUUUUCCUCAAAUGGAUUGUGAUUGAAAGACUGAUUGAUUACAGCUUGCUGUGGAUUCACAAUAAAUCAGGUCCAAACCAAA